UGGGCGGAUGGGUGCUGGGGUGUGUCUGUAAGAUAGGGGGGUGGGGUAGAAGAGAUGGGAAAGUCAUGAGGGCCAGAACACCAGGCCUGAAUUUUUCUUACUGAAUUUUUCUUACUGAAUUUUUCCAUGGCUUUGUUGCAUCGAAGUACACUUUCUCCUUCCAACCAAAGCACUGUCUGACUGGAUGGUGGGGGAGAUCAGAAGACUGGGGCAAGGGUGCCCUGGGAAGGGGCCAUGGUGCCAAGCCAGUUGUGGGGGAGACUGAAGAAACCAUUUCUCUUCCUGAGCAGUGCCUCCCUCCUCCUGGGGCUGGUUUUGCUGGGUUCAUGGCCAAAAGUCGCCCCUGCUGCAUAUUUCUUUCUCAGCCUGGCUGGCUGCUGCUUCUUUGCCUGUCUUCUGGCCUGUUGCCUGGAAUGGGGGUUCCGGUCAAUGCAAAGAUCAGUACAGUCUAUGCAGACAGAGAGCCCGGGGUCUUCAGGCAACGCACGGGACAACGCAGCUUUUGAGGUACCAACCUAUGAAGAGGCAGUGGUGGUGUUGGAAUCACAGGACCAGCCCCAACCGUUGGAUCAACCACCUCCUUACAGCAGUGUUGUAAUCAUCCCAGGAGUUGAUGGAGGACAGCCUAACCAACCAGACAGUUCUAGGACAGGCCGACUGGAAAGGCGAGUGGGCUCAGAGGGAACUAUGACGCCGGCCAGAAGCCCUGGGAAUGCUCUUAUCAGCCUCCGACUGCGAGGACCACGAGUUGUGUCCACCGCUCCUGACCUGCAAAGCUUGAGGGUGACCCCCACCUCGGAACCUCAUACUCCACCCCCUGCCUAUGAUGUCUGCUUUGCUCACCAGGAUGAUGAUGAUAAUGUUUUCUAUGAAGACAACUGGACAAUCCCCUAGGUGAAUCUACAGACAUAACUAUUUUUCCCAGCCCAGACUCAAUCUCAUUUGCUCAGCAUUUCCUAGUGCCUACUAUGUCAGGAACAGUUUCUGUCUGGACAUCACAAAUGGGGUUUUGAAGCCUGAGCAAAGGCAAGCUACGGUUUAUCCCUAGGCAGUGGAGAUGUUGUUGGCACAAUUUAAAUCUGGCAGCAUCUGAUGACCUACCACCCAAUGUCCAGUAUUUCUACUGUUAGACGGAGACUGAAUGGUGAGGCGAUGCAGAGAAGCUAGAGAAGGACUGCAGCAGCCUAGGAGUGACAGACAGCGUGUUACAUCUGUUCCAGAAGCUGGGUCUCUUUUAGUCUGCCUGUCAGAGGGGUGGAAAACCUGCACAAGGACACGCUGCUGGUAAAUCCCAUAACCCCCUGAACUGCACAGCCUACUGUCCUUCAAUACAAGGUGAAAACGCAAACCAUGCCACCCGCACUGCUCUCAAUCCCCGUCUUGGGCCAACGGCUGGGAAGGGAUGGACUUCGAGGGCCAGUUGUGCCUAUGGGCAAGGGAGGACCGAAUGCGACCAAGAGAGCCCCGAGAAAGUCUGGAAAAGCACCGAUCGGUGCUGGAAACCCAGACAAACACCAGCCUCCCGGGCUCUUGAGAACUUAUCACAAUUGGCGUAGCGGGAAGAGAGGGAGAAGCCCGAAGGGGCGGAGGCUGCAAUUUCCGCGGGAAUCGCCAGCCAAUCGGAUUCCCAAGCCUUCUCUUUUCCUGUCCCUUCCCGUUCCGUCCACCGCCUUUUCGGACCGCAUUGGACAACGCUGGUUCCCAGAGAGCGUUCUGCGCUUGCGCACGGCAGGGGCGGGGAAGGCCUGCCUGGCGUGCGGAUGGUUGGACACCUGCGCGGCGGACGUCGGGAGGCGGGGUGGGGACGCGGAGGAGGCCGCGGCCUCGGGUCUGUUUAGUUUGUGGGCGGUUCGCUCACACGCUGGGAAAAGCGGGCAAUGGCGGCGCCGCGCGCGGGUUCCCGACCUGUCCUGCAGCAGAAGGGGCUUAUGGCGGCUGACAGGAGG